AUGGGUGCCCAGCAAUCCCACGACUCCUCAAAUCCCUCCCAACCUGCCAGCGCCAAUAUGAAAGAAGAUUUCUACACCUUGCUGGGUGUAGACCGUAACGCCGACCAGGAUGAAAUAAAAAAAGCCUAUCGAAAAAAGGCGCUAGAACUCCAUCCUGACAAGAACGUCAACAAUGUCGAAGCUGCCACAAAGCUAUUUUCCGAAGUCCAAGCUGCAUAUGAAGUCCUCAGCGAUCCUCAAGAGCGCGCAUGGUACGACUCACACAAAGAUCAAAUCCUCAGCGAGGAUCUCGACGACAACGACCCAAACAACUACCAACAACCCCCCAUAAAUGUCACAUUAACGACUUCAACGCUCCUCAAACAGUUCUCCCUGUUUUCCUCCCGGAUGGACAUGACCGAUUCCAACCCUCAGGGCUUCUACACCACCGCCUCGAAGAUAUUUUCCACAUUAUCCCGUGAAGAAGAAGAAGCCGCUUCAUUAGCAAACGAAGAUGUUCUAUAUUACCCUUCCUUCGGGAACUCAAAAUCCGACUAUCAGGAUGAUGUGAAAAGGUUUUAUUCUAUUUGGACUGGGUUUUCGACGUUAAAGAGUUUCGCCUGGGUAGAGAAGUAUAGAUAUCGUGAUGCGCCAGAUAGGAGGGUUAAAAGACUUAUGGAGAAGGAGAAUAAGAAGAAUAGAGAUAUGGCCAUAAGGGAAUUUAACGAUACUGUUAAGCAAUUCGUCUUGUACAUCCGGAAACGUGACCCCCGUUACCUCCCAAACUUCCAAUCAACAUCAGAACUCGAAGCCGCCUCUCGCGAAGCCUCGAAAUCCCAGUCUCGGAAAGCAAGACUCGAAAACGCCGCAAAAGUAGCGGCAUAUAAAGAAGCAGACUGGUCGAAAACCGACGAUAUCCAUAACUCCCACGAAUUCACCGACUCCGAAGAUGAAGAAGAUGAAGAAGAGGAGAUACAAGAAUUCGAGUGUGUCGCUUGCAAUAAAAUUUUCAAAACGGAAAAUCAAAUGGAAAUGCAUGAGAAGAGUAAGAAACAUAUCAAAAUGGUACAGAGUAUAAAACGACAGAUGAGGAAGGAUGAUAUUGCUCUGGACUUGGAUGGUGAUGAUGAUGCACCGAAACUGUCGAAAUUGAAGCAGAAGAAGAAGAAUAAGGCUAAAAACGCCAAAUAUUUCGACGAGCAGGACGAUGAGAGUGAGAAGGAUGAUGACGAUGCAGACGAUAUAAGUGAACACCGAGAAGAUGGCGAGGAAGACGAUGAAGCGGCUUCCGAAGAAAAGCUCUCCAAACCAGCUCCAGAAGAAAAUGCCCAAAACCCACCCGCUGAGAAUUCGAAAAAUGUUGAAAACUCCGACGAAGAAGAAGACUCCGACGAGUCGUUGACUAAAGAUGCGCAAAAUAUGCACAUCUCAGACCCCUCCUCUCAACCUUCAAAUGACGAUAAAUCCCAACCCCAAAAAUCCAAAACGAAGAAAGCAAGACGAAGAGCAAAACAAUCAAAACCAGACCCACAAGAGUCCCAAAACAAAUGCGGCGUCUGUAAUGAAAGCUUCGACUCUCGGACAAAGCUAUUCCAGCAUAUCAAGAAUGAGAACCACGCCACCGCUAUACCGAGUUCCAAAAAAAGCAAAAGAUAG